GAUGUUCCAUUGUCAUUGACGAACCAGGGCAGAACUGCCGUGGGGAAUGGUCUGUCCCUGGGAGUGCUGUAAAACAGAUAUCGGGGUGCAGAUAUCGAAUUCCUUCAGAGUGUAAACACAGGAAAUGCCGGAUCCAGCGAAACCCGCUCCCAAGAAGGGCGCCAAGAAAGCUUUGUCCAAACCAGCGAGUAAGUCUGGCAAGAAGCGCAAGAGGUCGAGGAAGGAGACUUACGCCAUUUACAUCUACAAAGUGAUGAAGCAGGUUCACCCCGACACCGGCAUCUCCUCCAAGGCCAUGAGCAUCAUGAAUUCAUUCGUCAACGAUAUUUUCGAGCGCAUCGCGGGCGAGGCUUCCCGCCUGGCCCAUUACAACAAGCGGUCAACCAUCAGCUCCCGGGAGAUCCAGACCGCCGUGCGCCUGCUGCUGCCCGGGGAGCUGGCCAAGCACGCCGUGUCCGAAGGGACAAAGGCCGUGACCAAGUACACCAGCUCCAAGUGAAGACAAACUUACUGACAAAACAAACCGGAAAAUCAAAGGCUCUUUUAAGAGCCACUCACGGUUUCAUUAAAGGAGUUAUACAAUGUUAGACAGGGA